CUCGCAGAUCAGUGGCGCCAGCUCGUGCUUAGGCCGCUUUUGAAGCUGGGAGGGAAUGACACAUAUCCAUCAUAUGUCAUGAUCAUAGAUGCCUUGGACGAAUGUGACGAUAUAAACGACAUGCGAAUCAUUCUACAACUACUAGCUCAAGCUCGAUCACUAAAGAUCCGGCUGCGGGUGCUGAUCACAAGCAGAUCAGAGGUUCCAAUCCGAACCGGGUUCUGCAAGAUAUCAGAUGCUGAGCACCAUGCCUUCAUCCUUCACGACAUGGAAACGGCCAUUGUGGACCAUGACAUCUUCGUCUUUCUAGAGCACCAUAUUGGAUUAAUUGGACAAGAAUGGUGUCUUGGAGCUAGCUGGCCGAGCGAGCAAGCUCUUAGACGGCUAGUUAUAGAGUUUGAACAUUCACACUAG